AUGUCUGCCACAGGGGACCGACACCCAACCGAAGGGGACCAGGAGGCCCCGGUAAGCCAGGAGGGAGCGCAGGCCGAGGCGGCCGGAGCUGGUAACCCGGAGGGCGGCGACUCCGGCCCCGACAGUAGAGACAUGGUGCCUGCGACCGAGGUGGUCGGAGUCGCAGGGCCCAUGGAAGGCCUCGGGGAGGAGGAGGGUGAGCAGGCGGCAGGCAUGGCCACAGUCCCCGGGGUUGGGAGCACCGAGGAGGACCCGGACAUCGGGCCCGUAGCGGAGGAAGAGGAGGAGGAGGAGGAGGAGGAAGAAGAGAGGAACGAGGCGGGCAACCUUGACCUGGCGGCGAUCAUCCAUCGCUACCCCGUGGCGGGCAUUAGCUUUGUGUUUCUGGAUACGGUCCACUCCCAUCUCCUCCGCGUCUGUCCCAACGACCACAUCGUGAUAGCGAGCCGUCACCACAGCCGCCAGCUCUUGGGGCCCCGCGCUGCUGCACCCAACCGCAGGGGCGAGCCCUCCCUGCUGCUGGCGCUCCAGAGGCUGGGCGCGGGGGCCGCAGCCCUGGAAGGCCAGGGCCUGGGUCUGAUCCAGGAGGCCGAGUCGGUCCCAGGGCCUGCGGUGCCAGGCGACCUGGCCGAGAUGGCCAGGGAGCCCACAGAGGAGGCCGCAGAGGAGCCGGUGGAGGAGGCCACAGAGGAGAAGCCCGCAGAGGAGGCCGCAGAGGAGCCGGCCACAGAGAAACCGGCCGCAGAGGAGGCCACAGCCCCUGAGGGAGUCACUAAAUCUCAGCCUGAAAAGUGGGAUGAAGAGGCCCAAGAUGCUGCAGGCGAGGAAGAGAAAGAACAAGAAAAAGAGAAGGAUGCGGAAAACAAGGUGAAAAACUCCAAGGGGACCUAG